AUGGAAUCCGAAAGCGAGACUGUCAUCUCUGAAAGUAAGCUCUACUCAGACGAAAUUCCUCGAUUUCUCCACGAAUACCUCUCUCUUGCCUUGCAAUUUAUCGUAAAAGGUGAAUUCCAAAGUGCGUUAGAAGCUCUUUCUCACAGUCAAGAACUUCUUGACGCAGUUAUUUCACAAAAUGCUUAUAUAGACUCUGAUUUUAUUAUUGCAACAUUUCAUAACACUGCACUUUGCUAUCAAAGGUAUUUGAAAUUUAGACUAGGAGAGCUUCAAGAAUGUGCCUCUGCUCUUUAUGCGUGCAUAACAACUUCUCAACGUCUAAUAGCUCAAAAAUACCAGCCAAGCCCUUCUCCUUUAUCUAUUGAUGAAAGAAUUAUUAAGCUUCAAUACAUCAGUAAACUGCAUUUACAAUUGUGCGCAGUUUUUUCUCAAUUAGGACAACAUGAAGAUGCUUUGCAGCAUGCCAAAGAAGGGUUAUCAAAAAUACAAGAAAACGUUAAUUUAAAUUUAAAAGUUUGUCAAGAUCAUUUACUCUCCCUACUUUAAAAAUAAUUAAGUUUUUUGCUCGCUCCUCAAGGGGUAAUUUUUUUACAAAAUCUUAUAAAAAAUUUAUAUAUAAAAGCAUUUAUAGGAUUUUAAUAAAUCCAAAUAUACAAAUAUUUAUAAAAAAGCUAAUUUAAUUUAUAAAGCAUAUAGUUUAAAAUGCAAAAGUUCUAGAUUAAAUAGAGUCAUCUAGAGAUCUCUUUUAACUCUUAUGAAUUAUGUGAAAAAAUAUUUUAUAUAUCUAAAAUUUUUUUUCUUGCAUUUUUCCAAUAUUUUGCCCUCUCUUUAAUAGGGAGUUAGAAAGGCAUGAAAAAUUGACCCAUUUGAGUGCAUUAAGAAAAAGAGUGCAAAAUCAGCAACAGUAUAAACUAUUUGAAAGUCCUCACUACAAAAGUUACCAUAAAACUGUGACAAAGGCUAUACCAAUUUUGAAGUUUUUAGACGAAGAUGCUAAUUGUAAUAAUAAAAAGAUGAAAAUCAGCUUAAAACAAGAUGAUGAAGAAUUUGAGUGGAUUAAUGAAUAUAAUAUUGGAGAUAUUAUGGCAAUAGAACCGUUAGGAAUUGAAGAGCUAAAAGGAUUAGUAAAUGUAUCACCCUCACUUAGCAAGGAUAUGCUACUAGAAAAAAUAUGUUUGAUGAUAGCUGCAAAUUUUUGUGUGGCAACCGAAAUUCGUUUUUUAAUUGAAAAUGGAGCAAAUGAGUAUUAUCUAUUAGAAUCCAAAGUGUGGCUGCAAAAAUCGUUAAAAUUUGGAGAAAAUCUCCUUCCUGAAGAGUGCCCUUUAUUAGCUUAUAUCCGGAUGUUUUUUCAUAAAUAUUAUAAAGAUGAAGUCAGAAAGCCUGUUGAUAAAUCUGCGAAAUUUUCAAAUGAUAAUUUUCUAUUCGCAAAAGCGAUGCUGCGCUCUAAAACUCCUCAGCCUGUCGUAAACCACAGUGUUCGGAAAACUUAUAAGCAAAAUGUAUUUAAAAAUUCUACCAAUUUGAAUAAAAAAGAAAAAUUGUCGAACUCUGCCCAUAAGCCAAAACAUAAAAGAAAUAAAAAAUCUAAUUCGUACUUAGAAGACGACUUGCAGUCGUCAAAUAGAAACGUUUCUAAAGAAGAAAAAAAGCCUCUAGAGGUAUCCUAUCCUGUGCCGUAUCAUCAAUUGCACGAAAAACUAGAAAAAAUCCAGAGCCAAGAAUCAGAGCCAAGCUCCUCUGAAGAUUAUCCUGUCCAUUUUGCCAAUAAAUCAAAAAACACAAAAUUUUAA